GCGUGCGCGCGCGCAUCGUGGCCGCCUCAGUCGGCACACCGCCCGGGCGGGCGCCACACGACCGGGAUCUGCGCACGCGAGCGGCGACGCGAACUAAAAUAUUUUCAGUGAAAUAAACACGCAUUCGCCAACACUAGCAUGCGAGCGCACGAUUCUGUGAAAUAAAUACGAGUAAAGUGAACGAGUCUCGAGUGCAGAGCACGAACAAACGACGGACAGCGCACGACGAGAGAGCGAUUGAGGUUGUGGAAACCUUCGACGAAACGAAUCGAGACUGGUGCCGGAGAAGUGCACUUCUCGGUCCCUCGAUACACUGUAAAAAUCGCUCGGUGGCUGUCAGGCACUAAAAUAAUCCUGCACUGCUCUUGUAAUUAGUCGUAUAUAACGAAUUAUAACACGAAAAUACCCUCUAUCAGUGGCCACGACAGAAGGGUUCCUUAUAUUGUACAUACGUUUAUAUAUGCAUAUAUAAAUCGCUGAGAAGUGAUCUCUAACGUGACGUCACAAUAAUUUAUUGUGAUCUACCUAUACUACUCUUAAUAAUAAAGCUUUGUUUACUGCGCAUUUUGAAGUGUAUUGCCCAUUAUAGAUAGUUUUCUACAUUUGUAUGUAUUUCAAAUUUGUAAAUUUUGAAGUUAAAAGUUUAUACAUAUAACAAAAAAUAAAAAAAAAAAUAAGCGUGACAUUGUGUAAAAGUAACUUUAAUACUAGUCAUUCAUCUAGUGUAUUUAUUUUGUUAAUUAAAUCUUGUAGAUUUUAGUGAAUAUUUAGAACUAAAUAAACAACUAAACAGUUCGAUAUUCUUCAAAUAAAUUCAAAUUAUCUUUAAAAAAAAAAAGAAUACUUAUGCCAGAGCGCAUAAUCACCAAAGAAAAAAAAAUUGAUUCGUUAAUACUGGCAGAAAAUACACAUUCUUAUAAUCGCGGAUAAAUCUCGCACAAAUAGUCUUAUUUUAAAAAGUAAAGAGUUUGUGCGAAACUAAGCCAAGAUGCAGACUCAAAUAGGUGUAGGUAACGAACUGCAAAGGAGCUAUAGGAUGCAGGACUUCGCGUCGCCUGGCGUCAUCAUGAGGGAGCGCAGCUUCAUACGGCCACAGUCGCAUCACAAUAUGCAUCAUAAUCAGUUUUCGAAUAAUGGGAAACGGCGGAGCAUGAUUCUGACCAAUGCAAAAGGGAAACCUACACUAGAGAUUUAUAGACCUCCAGGUGUCCGCACAGACGGCGUGGUGACCACGGCGGGGACGGCGCCCACCACACCCACCACGGCAGCUACCACAAACAAGCUCAAUGUCCACGCGAAAGAGUUCACUAUGGCUAAGCCUGUCGACCUUCACAAUAGGUCGGCAAUGGGCCUCGGGUACGCCAGCGUGGGUCUGCAGCACUCGCGGUCGGCGGUGCUGCACGCGCAGGUGCCGCCGCACUACCGGCCCGUGCUGCCCUCCCAGGCCAUACUCGCUGGCGCCGACGGCAAUGUACAACACGCCUCUGCGGGUCCACGUGUACAUUUCAAACUACAACCGCAGCAGGGUAAUGCCUCUGAAAAGAAAAAGUCUCCGCCGUCCUCCCUCACCAACGGCAAUGGCAAGAGCAUCCGUCCACAAUCGUUCACACCAGGGCUCAAGAGGUCCAAAUCAUUGACCUCGGCAGACGCCCUGGCCAGUGGCAUGGCAGCCUUGGGUUUGGCUGCAGAUGCUGGCGACUUAGGCAAUUUCCCGCCAGAGAUCCAAGAGUGCAUAGAUAAGGCUCUUGAAGAUCCAAAUGCUGUAUGUGCUCGGACCUUGAUGGACGCCGUAGGGCACUUGGUGUCUCGCGCGGUGGAGUCUCCGCGGUACGCGUUGCCAGCAGCCCGACGCUGCAUCGCGGUGGUGGAGCGAGAGCAAACCGAGACCUUCCUCGAGUCGCUGCUCAAUACCUGCCAGCAGUGGUACCACGACAGGGAGAAGUUGCUGGGCGCCAUGGUUGGUGGUGGGCGACCGCGGCUGAUGGCGUUCCUGUCGUUCCUGCUGGAGAUGUACUGCCAGCUGCGGCGCCGCGCCAUCCAGCGGCGUGGCGCUUCUGCGCAGCCUGGACAGGUGUUGCUCACACUCAUCUGCAAGUGCUGUGAGGACUGCAUCCGCCAGCCCGUGCCCUCCGCCAGCGACACGGAGAAUCUCUUCUUCGUGCUGACGUACAUCGGGCGCGACCUGGAGGCGCAGCUGCCCGGCGACCUGGAGCGGCUGCUGACGGCGGUGCGCGACGCCUUCCUCAACACGGCCGCCGCGCCCUCCAUCCGCCGCACGCUGCUGCAGCUCAUCGAGCUGCACGCCUCGCGCUGGCAGCUGCCGGGCUGCGCCGUACUUUAUUACUACCCUUCCUCUAAAUAGGACUCCCCACUUUUCUCUUAGGAUUUAUGAGAAGUAUUUUAGGUGUACGAGUUAAUGUCUGUACCCCUAAUUACCCCUCAGAUUCAAGAUGUCUCUUUCCAAAAAUAAACCUAAAAAGCUGACUUUUAGAUUUGUAAACAUUAUUGAAAGGAGACAUUUUUGGGAACAGAUGGUCUAAACUCGAGUGGGUAGGGCGUCGUCUAUAUACGCCGAUGCUUCCUGUAAAAUCUCAUUCGACUGAAAUUAUUGCCUUUGCGCAACUAAAGUACAGUU